AUGUCCAGCUACGAGGACAGAGACAAAUGUCAUUUCUACUAUAAGAUCGGAGCUUGCAGACAUGGCGAUCGAUGCUCCAAAAAACACAUUCGUCCUUCAUUGUCAAUGACUCUUUUAGUACCGAAUAUGUACUGGAAACCGAGCUCCGACGAUUCGCAAACGCUGCAGACCGAUUUUGACGCCUUUUUCGAAGAUGUAUACAUGGAGGCAGCUCGGUUUGGCGAGCUACAAGCCAUGGUCGUGUGCGAAAACAAGAACGACCAUUUGAACGGGAACGUUUAUCUGAAGUUUGCGCUGCCGAAAGACGCACAAGCUGCGAAGGAUAGUUUCAACACACGCUGGUACAACGAGCGGCCUUUGUAUUGCGAAUUCUCGCAUGUCACCGACUUCCGCGAAGCGGUUUGUCGGAAACACGACAUGCAGUCGUGUGAAAGAGGUGAUGAAUGUAACUUUAUGCAUGUUCAGCGUCCCAGUUCACGACUUUUGACCGACCUUGAGCGCGCCCAAAAACGUGAGAGAAGCAUCAAAGAAAGAAAAUAG